UUCUCUAAGCUCCAGACGAGUAAAUAAUUAAAYCAUGUCUGUAGGAGUCUUUGGGUAUAGCCGGGAGGCUGUCAGGGUGAAAGUGAAGAAAUGUGAGGGCAAUCAGCCAGCAGAGAUCAGAAAGUUCAGCGUCGACCCUCAAAUCACAUCCUUUGAGGUGUUGCAAAGCAUCCUGGCCAAGGCAUUUGACUUGAAAGGGGACUUUGCCAUCUGCUAUCGGGCGUAUGAUGUGACCGGCCAGGAGAUCUACAUGCGCCUAAUUUCCGACUGGGAUCUGGAUGCGGCUUUUCUCAAGGCACACAACACUUCGGUGGCCACCAAUCAGGAACCGUGUCUUUGUCUGAGAGUUGAUCUGAAACCGUUUGAGGAACAAAUUGAGGACUGGCAGCAGAAGCAGAAUGUGUCGAUUAUUGCUCAGAUUCGGACUCCUACUAGUCAGGAGGCGAAGCCAUCGUCUAGGUUUCAUGGCAUGAUUAAUCAGGUGGGUAAAACCCUCAACAUGGUGCAAAAAGUGCUGAACUUCGGAGACGAUAUGAACUCCAGUGUUCAGCCUUCAAUACCAGCACUGAGCGAUGGAGAGUUUCGAAAAUUUUGCGACGCAGUCGGGCAAAUUGUGCACGCGAAAGAACUCAGAUCCGUAAUUUAUUACGGCGGCAUUGAGCCAAGUCUCAGGAAAGUUGUCUGGAAGCAUUUGUUGAACGUUUAUCCAGAGGGAAUGUCUGGACGCGAAAGAAUGGACUACAUAAAGAAAAAAGCUGCUGAAUACGAGAAGCUGAAGAGCACAUGGAAACAAGCUAUUGCUCAGGGCCCUGUCGCCGGAGAACUGGCCUACACGACUGGAAUGGUGCGCAAAGACGUGCUCAGAACCGAUCGCCAUCAUCCAUUCUACGCAGGAAGUGAUGACAACCAAAACAUCCACUCAUUGUUCAACAUUCUGACAACGUACGCGUUAAAUCAUCCCAAGGUUUCCUAUUGUCAGGGAAUGAGCGAUUUGGCUUCACCACUUUUAGUCACUAUGAACGAUGAAGCUCACGCCUACAUCUGCUUUUGUGCGCUCAUGCAACGCUUAGUGACGAAUUUUAUGAUCGAUGGCAUUGCCAUGACGCAGAAAUUCACUCAUCUGGCAGAGGGUUUGAUGUAUUACGAUCCUGAGUUUUAUAAUUAUUUAAAGGUGCACCAGGCUGACGAUUUACUAUUUUGCUACCGUUGGCUGCUUUUGGAAAUGAAGCGUGAAUUUGCAUUUGGCGACUCGUUACGAAUGCUGGAGGUUCUUUGGGCCUCAUUGCCCGCUGACCAUCCGCAACUUGAACUAAAGCUCUUUGAUAUUCCGUUUCAGCACAUUCCGCCCAGCGCAACACCACCCAUCAGUCCGCUGGUAAAAACGCCUCGAGAAAACGCCUAUACCAAAGUGUGCGCUUUGCGUCGACAAAGUUCCUCGAUUUCGCUCAGUAAUUAUGUUUGUAGCAGGAAAGCCGUAUCGGUAAAACGGCAGAAUCACAGCCUGGAUGAGACCAUCAACCGAUGCUCUGGGAUGGAAAUAAAACUGAACAAAAACCAGAGCUUGGACGACGCGGUACUCACCAGCAAAUGUGGCUAUUCUAAUAUAAAAUCACCCAAACAUGCAAAUGCGAAAGAAGAAUCUCGAGGCGAGUUGCGUGCCCGCUCAGUAUCUCCAUUGGAACCCAAGUCUGAAUCCGCUAUAGUUGUGACCAACAACCGAAUAAACGCUCAUCAAACAGCAUUCCGAACUAAAAGCGCCAGCUUGUCCUCCAGCAUGUCGAAUCUGAUUCGCAAUAGCAAAAAGGCCGGCCACUUUAAAGAGCUGAAAGACAAAAUCGCUGCUCAUAAACUGUUUUCUUCACUGGACCGGCUGGACACCAGCCAGAUGAUCAAGGAGGAAGAAGAAAAACCGCGAAAAGUGGUAAAGAACCUAAAUGAGUUUCUAAAUUUUACGGGAGUGAGCAAGAAUAAAGUGUCUGAUACCGAUCAAUCCCAUGGACACUCACAGGCCAACGACAAGCCAAAAAUCAUGCUGACCAAAUCGAGUUUUGAUGACUCGGACAGUUCAAGUGAUAAGCCGAAGCAUUCUUCCACUACCACUACAGAGGACACGGACACUUUCGACGACUACAGUCCGGACGAUAGUCAGGAGUAUUUUCCUUUGACCACAUCUGUUACCAGGGAACUGAGGCUUGAGCUCGAGAACUUGGAUCGCAAGGUGUUUGGAGACAAGUACGUGGACAGAUUGUCUGACUCUCCUUCCAGUCCAGAGUGUGACUCAAAAGUGGUCACUAGGAACGACGGUUUGCCUCAGCUUCUUCCACAGGGAAAGCCGAGCAGCGGUGACAUCUUCAUCUGGGAAAACCCGCUACACCAAACCAGCCCGAAAAAUGUUCCAGACAACACUGAAACGCCGGAUGAACAGAUCGAUAUCGACUACGACGCCCCGACGAUGGUGAACGAAACCUCCGCAACCAAAACCGUGACUCCCAUCCGGAUAAUCAACCCCACCAGCAACAAACCGGAGCACCCACAGCGCGUGAUUGUGAACUCUUUGCUUUGCCAAAAUGGGACCACAAUGCUCACCAAUUCCUGCGAAGAGGUUCAAGAAGUGAAGACUACCAGCUUCCUGCCUCCGCCUGCCGAUUUUGGAGGCGGCAACCCCUUCCUAAUGUUCCUCUGCUUAACAGUGCUGCUGCAACAUCGCGACCACAUUAUAAACAUGGGAAUGGACUACAACGAAAUGGCCAUGCACUUUGAUAAAAUGGUCCGAAAGCACGAUGUUACACGCGUUUUGAAUCAGGCCAGGCAGAUGUAUGCGCGCUACAUGAAGCAACAGACGAUCGUGCAUCACCGGAUAGACAGUUUCAAAGGCGAAAAGUGUUGAUCCAUGGAAAGUGGUCGGCUAAUUUUCUAUAUUCACAUGGUUUUAGCCAAAGAAAUGCACACGGUGGUGGAACCCCGGACGACAUUGCUCGAAAACCAACCCUCUUAUGUAUAGUAAUAGAUUCGGUACUGUGAUAUUUUAUAUUCCUAAUUGGGCUCAUUUCAUGUGGUCUGCAGAACACGUUCGAAUAUCCAAGAAGUAAGUUAUCGUUCGCAACGAUCCGAUGCGUAUUCUAAAUUAAUCAAACUUUCCUAACUGUUAAGGCCGUAACAAUUAGAAGCUUUCUUAUAGCAUUUCUAGUGUAACUGCACCGCCGUAUUUAAGUGUAACGUCAAUAUUAUUAGAGGUAAGUUCUAAGCAGAACGAUUUUAAGUUGAUUUUUUUCUUUAAACGAAACUAGUUAAAUCCCAGUUCAAGUGACAAUUAGGGUCGUACGAAAUGUGUUCAAUGUUGACGAAUUGCUCUUGGCAGGAUGUCCCAAGGAUGGAACAUUACCAGUCCGAAAACCAGUAUUAUUUGCUUCAAAAUGCUCAUCGUUAUACAGUAAAACCCCUUUGCUUUAUCCGAACGUCCAGAAGUUGCCGCUAUAGUUCGAACAACAAUUCGUUUAUCCGAGCAGUGCGGUGCAAGACAGAUCGGCACUACUACAAGGCAAGGCCCAACUGCUCUCACGUCAGUAGGCCCAGCCGGUAAGAUACCAUAGAACUAGAGUACGAUGGCUCUCACUCACUCUCACAGUAUAAUGGUCUUCGUGACGUCAGAGCAGUCGGGCCUUGACUUGGAGUGGUGCCGGACAGAUCCCUCACUUCCAAAAUGUUGUCCAAAAAUGAAAAAAUCCAGGUUUUUAUAAUCAAACUUUGAUGCGAUUCGGCUAGUAGACGGACCACUCAAUUCGCAUUAUCGUACCCGUGGCACCUUCCAGACUGAAACCUAAACUGCUGAAAUCUCAGCAUAUUUUUUAGAAAGUUCAAGCGUUAAAUAAACGAAUUUAUCCAAUGUAUUUGCAAAUCGAGGCUGAUCACGUAGAAGCUAGGAAUGACACCGUAACAAAGAACGCAAAGGCAGCAAAAUGAUAUUAAAACAAAGCAAACAGGGAAAUAUUUUCAUGUUUAAUUGAAGCAAGAAAAUAUUAAUGAAAUAAUAAAUAUUAGCAAAAAUGAAAGGCAACUGCUUACCGAACAAAUCCAGCUGCAAUCAACUAGCUCACCACUUAAGGACCAAUGUAGCUGAGCAGAAACUGCCACUUGAUUUCUUGGAUGAUUAGAGCGUUUAGGGUUACAGCUGGGUUUACAUGAGCUCCGGAAAGAUGCCCGAAAGUCUACAGAAUGUUUCAUAUCUUAGAAGAAGGAAAGUGAAACACUACCAUUCAGUAAAGUGCAUUUUAGUCGCAUUGUUUGAGCACGUUUAAUGUAAUAAAAUAAUCAAAACCCAAUUGUUUUUAGGUUGGUUUGUUCAAGAAUUGCGAAAUGAGGAAGAUAAACACAAUAACGCUCUGAGAAAAACAACKAAAUUUGAAAAAAUCUCAAAARUGUCUAUAACUCCGCAAAAUUGAAACUUCUCGYAKUUAUACAGGUAACUUUGCUCUAAAAWUUUUUAAGUACCAGUAGUUYCUAGUUCGGUUUGAUYAAGAGUUACAAAAUGUGGAAGAUSAACGUGCAUAAUGCCGCUCUGAGAAAAACAACGAAAUUUGAAAAAUUMUCWAAAAUUUKUUUAUAACUUCGCAAAAUUGAAACUUCUGGCAGUUAUACAGGUAACUUUGCUCUAAAAAAAAUAAAAACCAGUAGUUCCUAGGUCGGUUUGAUCAAGAGUUACGAAAUGCGGAAGAUGAACGUGCAUAAUGCGGCUCUGAAAAAAACAAUCAAUUUUAAAAAAUUCUCAAAAGUUUCUUUAUAACUCCGCAAAAUUCAAACUUUUGGCAGUUAUACAGGUAACUUUGAUCUAAAAAUUAAAAAAACCAGUAGUUCCUAGGUCGGUUUGAUCAAGAGUUACGAAAUGCGGAAGAUGAACGUGCGUAAUGCCGCUCUGAGAAAAACAAUCAAUUUUAAAAAAUUCUCAAAAAUUUCUUUAUAACCGCAAAAUUGAAACUUCUGGCAGUUACACAGGUAACUCUGCUCUAAAAAAUUUUAAAAACCAGUAGGUCUUAGGUCGGAAGAGUUACGAAAUGCGGAAGAUGAACGUGCAUAAUGCCGUUCUGAGAAAAACAAUGAAUUUUGAAAAAUUCUCGAAAAUGUCUUUAUAACUCCGCAAAAUUGAAACUUUUGGCAGUUAUACAGGUAACUUUGAUCCAAAAAUUUAAAAAAACCAGUAGUUCUUAAGUCGGUUUGAUCAAGAGUCACGAAAUGCGGAAGAUGAACGUGCAUAAUGCCGGUCUGAGAAAAACAAUGAAUUUUGAAAAAUUGUCCAAAAUUCCUUGAUUUUUUUUUGCAAUUUGUAAAAGCAUCUUUGCUGUACAAAGUGUGGUACAGCUAGUGUCUGCUUCUGUCUGUUAAAAAUUCGUUUUUUGACCCGAAAAUUCACCUUAGGAUUUUAUUCGAUUUUCAUAUAUUGCUCUCUAGCGAAAAAUCUUGCACUUGAUGAAUAUUGGGCUGGCUCCCAUCUAGUCGAGGAUUUUUUUCAGAAGCCUUUAAGCAAAGAAACGGUUUUUGUUCAAAAUUCCAAAACCGUUAUUUUCAAACUAAAUAUCUCGACAACUACCAGCAAUAAAAUAUUUCUGGAGACUCCACUGGAUCCAAGCAAAUAAAAAAUGUUCUGUUUAUUUUCUCUGCUAAUUUAUAAAAGAUAUACCGGAGGUUUUUGAAUUUUGGGCCUAAUGUGUCCCAGCAUGGGGCUUAUCCUUAAAGAAGCCUAAUCCAGGUCCAAUUGGUCUCCCAGAUGUAGAAGCAACAAAGUAAUGUUAAUUGCGUGAAAAGGACAAAUGUAGUAAGAGUUUGGGCAUUUUAUAAAGAUUUGAAGGCUCAGUCUCCAUAAGAACGUGCAAUAUAUUCUUCCCCCAUAGCUAAUCGGGGGAACUCUUUCCGAAAUAAACCUACUCAGUUUGUCAGGUAUUUUGUUCAUAUCGAAGAAUUGCAAAAAGCCUCUUAACAAAAAUGUCGCUCGUGGCAAAAUCGCGGCCUCUUCAGGCUCUAUCUUAUAAAGAUUUGUCCAGAUCUCGAGUGAAGGUGAUUUUCGGAAAAAUCGCAGAAAGGUAGUUUCCACGAAACUCAAAAUAUCUGAAAAAACAAAAGCAAUGGACAAUAUCUUAAAAACAUUGUUUUUUUUCGAAACUCACUAAUAAAGAUGUUAUGGACCAUUUCGCAAUUCCGCGCAAUAUUUCUGAAAAACUUCACCUAGUAGGCCUCCGGUGGUCGAAAGCAAUCAAUCUUGCUCUUUUUGAACUUUUUCCAAAACAAAUUCUUCUCUUAUUCUCAAAUAUUCGCUACCAUAAGGGCUUGAACAAGAUUUUUAGAUUUUCCCUCGUAGCUCUGUUGAAGAUUUUUUUGCGAAACAAACCAACCCAUUUUUAACUGUAUUUCGUCCAUAUGGAGCGCCUACCUGUAAAGGAAAAAUCCCCGACAUACAUUUUUAAUUUUUCGCUUGAAAAUUCGUUACAAACCUUGGGAUUUGGGUUGAUUUCAAUAUUUUAAUUUUUUCCUUGAAUGCGAAAAUCGUACUCUUGAUGAAAUACUUGCCUAGUCACAGCCUAUCCAACUAUAAUUUUCUCAAAAGGCUCCCUCGAACCGUUUUCCAAAAAAAAUCCAGAAACGCUAUUUUCGAAAAUCGGAAUUAUCGCCAAAAAUAUAAACGAAAGCGGACACCUGAGCACACCACUGGAUAUGCACUGCCAAAGCACACGAAACAUGUUCUAUUAACAUUUCCGCUAAAGUGAACCAUUAGCGAGCUUCUGGACGUUUUUGGAUUUUAGGCCCCAAUUUCCUUUUCUUUUGUGCCAAUUCCGCCAGUGGCACCAAUUGGCUUUCGAUAAAAAUUAAGUAAGCAUUUAGUAAGGGUUGGGGGGUUAUCAGAAUAUUUCAAGAUUCAACCCCAUAAAAGCUUGUACAGAUGUGCAAAACUUUCCUUUCUUGAUCCCCUGGUGGAAAGUACGUACUUUCGCCACUGUUUUCGAUGGCGAAAGCAUCACUUUUGUCCAUUGCCAAUUUUUUUCAUCCCGUCUGGAAAGUAAUAAUUUUCGCCACGCACGCUGAUAGCUUGACUUUGUCACUGACUGUUUUGACUACAUUUUUCGUGACAACAACAUGGAAAUGGUUUUAAAUGUUUAAAACUUUAAAAACGUAUACCAUUUUCUUGUUCUUCCGUUUCAACCUUUUUGACACACACUAGGGAUGGGACAUCGAUCCUAUAACAUCGAUGGUAGCCAUCGAUGUUGGCAUCAAAGGUAAUAUCGAUGUUAAGGAAACAUCGAUCUGAUAGUUUGUCGUUGCAUACAAAUGUCAAAUUGAUUAACUCAAACUUAAAUAAUUUUCUUCUACUUAUAGUUGCCACAUUUUUCGGUAAACUUACUGCAAAAAGAGGCUUUUUCGGGUGCAGCUAGAAAUGGGUCGCUAUGCCGCGGUAUCGUUUGUAUCGCCACCAUCAAAGAAUUCGCAGAAAAUGUUUCURUCUAGUAUCCACAUUAAAUAUCCGAUGUUUUCAUUUCAGGAUCUAACAUCRAUGUUUUAUCGAUGUCCUAAAUUUACAACAUCGAUGGAAAAAAAUAUCCAACAUCGAUAUUUUUCUCCCAUCCCUAACACACACUGUAGUUGAAACGAAUUAUGAACAUAUUUAUUUAUUUUAAGAAACAUUAAUACACAGAGUGCACAGUUUGCAAAAGAAAAAAUUAACGUGAACUUAUUUUCAUAUUUAGAUGUGGAAUAAUACGAAAUAAAUAAAAAGGUAUCAAGUUUGACCCCUAGGGAAGAUGCGUAGCUCCCUUAACUGAAGCUACUUUUGAAAUAUGGUUGUUUUGCCAUUCGACAGUUCCCUCUGAUGCGAAGUCCUUUUUUUUAUUUUUUCGCCUUUUUCCUCCUCUUCUAACAAAAUAAGCGUUAAAAGUUCGACGUCGUUCAUCUUUCAACAGUUUUUCUUAAAAGUACCUCACGAAGAAUUUCCUUUAAAAAUACUCUACAUUUUAGCGACUUAUCAGCUAAACAUGCCACCUUUAGCAUAAUGAAACUUGUAAAUAAACGUAUAUUGUAAUAUA